AUGGAAGCUGCUCUCCCAUUGGUCCAGAUCCCGCUGACGUCGGCAGAUGAGAUGUUGUGGCUCUUUGGAGAAACUUUAGUGGCAGCAGAGAGGACCAAUACUCUUCAAUCAAACAGGUGCAGCUCUGAGAUGGCUCUUUACUUCCACCGCGCCUUCCUCUUGGCCGUGUCCUGCUGCCUUCUUCCUUGUAUCACCUCCUCGCUGAACCUGGAGGACCCCAACGUCUGCAGUCACUGGGAGAGUUAUUCCGUGACAGUGCAAGAGUCCUAUGCUCAUCCUUAUGAUCAGAUUUACUACACCAGCUGCACCGACAUCCUCAACUGGUUCAAAUGCACCAGGCACAGAGUCAGCUACAAAACGGCGUAUCGCAGAGGGGAGAAGACCAUGUACAGGCGGAAGUCCCAGUGCUGCCCAGGAUUCUUUGAGGACGGAGAGAUCUGUGCUCCUUUCUGUGAGGAGAGCUGUGUCCAUGGCCGCUGCAUGGCCCCCAACACCUGCCAGUGUGAGCCGGGCUGGGGGGGCUCCAACUGCUCCAGUGCAUGUGACAGUGACCACUGGGGUCCACACUGCAGCAACAGAUGCCAGUGCAAGAACGGAGGUCUGUGCAACCCCAUCACGGGAGCGUGUCUGUGCACUCCGGGGUACAGAGGGUGGCGCUGUGAGGCCCAGUGCGACGCCGGCUCCUACGGCAGCAGCUGUCAGCAGAAGUGCCAGUGUCAGAAUGCUGCGUCCUGUCAUCAUGUGACCGGAGAGUGCAAGUGUGCUCCAGGAUACACAGGAGCUAUCUGUGAAGACCUCUGCCCUCCUGGUAAACACGGGCAGCAGUGUGAGGAGAGAUGUCCCUGUCAAAACGGAGGGAUCUGUCAUCACGUGACCGGAGAGUGCUCCUGUCCCGUGGGCUGGACGGGUACAGUGUGUGGUCAGCCCUGCCCUGAGGGAAGAUUUGGACAAAACUGUUCCCAUGAGUGCCAAUGUCAUAACAAUGGCUUUUGUGUGGCCACGACGGGACAGUGUCUGUGCCGGGCGGGAUACACUGGAGAGCGUUGCCAGGACCAGUGUCCUGUGGGCACUUAUGGCGCUGGCUGCAGUAAGAAGUGUCGCUGUCAGAACAACGGCAGAUGUUACCACACUAACGGCAUGUGUCUGUGUGAACCGGGCUACACUGGAGACAUGUGUGAGACCAGACUCUGUCGGGACGGUUACUACGGACUCAAGUGCGACAAGAAGUGCCCCUGCGCCGCACACAACACACGCAGGUGUCAGCCAAUGUCUGGUGAAUGUACAUGUCUCCCUGGAUGGUCUGGACUCUACUGUAAUGAGACUUGUACGCCAGGGUUCUUUGGGGAGUUAUGUCGACAAGUCUGUCAGUGUCAGAAUGGGGCGGACUGCCACAGCGUUACAGGACAGUGUGUCUGUGCUCCAGGAUUCAUGGGUCCCAACUGCACAGUGCCCUGUCACACAGGAACCCAUGGAAUCAACUGCUCUUCCAGCUGCAACUGUAAGAACGGAGCUCAGUGUUCCUCCGUGGACGGCUCCUGCUCCUGUCAGCCAGGGUGGCAUGGAGUGGACUGCUCUAUCAACUGCCCCAGUGGAAGAUGGGGUCUGGGUUGUAACCAUAGCUGUUUGUGUGGAAAUGAGGGUGCUUGUAAUGCCUUAAAUGGAGACUGCACUUGUGCCCCGGGCUGGAGAGGCGACAGAUGUGACAUUCACUGCCCGGACGGGACGUAUGGCCUGGACUGCAGAGAGCGCUGUGACUGCAGCCAUGCUGAUGGCUGUGAUCACGUCACUGGUCACUGUCGCUGUUUGGCAGGAUGGACAGGUAUUCACUGUGACAGUGUGUGUGCUGAGGGCCGCUGGGGCCCGAACUGCUCGCUCUCCUGUAUCUGUAAGAACGGUGCGUCCUGCUCUCCGGAUGAAGGCACGUGUGAGUGCGCUCCUGGGUACAGAGACACCACCUGUCAGAAGGUCUGCUCUCCCGGGUACUUCGGCCACCGCUGCAGUCAGACCUGCCCCCAGUGUUCUCGCAGCAAUGGACCAUGCCACCACGUCUCAGGACAGUGUGACUGCUUGCCAGGCUUUAAGGGGGCCCUGUGCAAUGAAGUGUGUCCGAGUGGUCGCUUUGGGAAAAACUGUGCUUGGAGCUGCAGUUGCACAAACAAUGGGACCUGUAAUCCUAUAGACGGGUCGUGUCAGUGUUACCCUGGGUGGAUCGGAAGUGACUGUUCUCAGCCAUGUCCUCCUGGUCAGUGGGGUCCCAACUGCAUCCACACAUGUAACUGUCACAAUGGAGCCUACUGCAGUGCGUAUGACGGAGAGUGCAAAUGUAUGCCCGGAUGGACUGGCCUUUACUGCACUCAGCGCUGCCCUUUGAGCUUCUACGGGAAAGAUUGUUCUCAGACUUGUCAGUGCAGGAAUGGUGCUGACUGUGACCACAUUUCCGGACAAUGCACUUGUCGCACAGGCUUCAUGGGGCGACACUGUGAGCAGAAAUGUCCAUCAGGUUCAUAUGGCUACGGCUGUCGUCAGGUGUGCGACUGUCUUAAUAACUCCACCUGUGAUCACAUGACCGGCACGUGUUACUGUAACCCUGGCUGGAAAGGAGCUCGCUGUGACCAGGCUGGUGUAGUGGUGGGCAGCCUGAACAGUUUAACCAGCGCAGCCAUACACGCAGACACAUAUCAGAUUGGAGCUAUUGCUGGCAUUAUCAUUCUGGUGCUGCUGGUCAUCUUCCUCCUCCUCCUGUUCAUCAUCUAUCGAAAGAAACAGAAAGGCAAAGAGCCCACCAUGGCGGCUGUCACUUAUACUCCAGCCAUGCGCAUCACAGCUGAUUACUCAAUUGGAGGUUUAUCAGAAGCCCAUCCGCCGUUUGAGGGACACCCCAGUAACUACUUCUCCAACCCAAGCUACCACACUUUGACUCAAUGUAUGAACCCAGCGCUCGUCAACAAUGUGCAGACAAAAAACAACCAACUGUUUGUGAACAUCCAGAAUGUGAAGCCGAGAAAGCGUAACAUCGUAGAUCACACUGGCACCCUGCCCGCCAACUGGAAAGAAGGAGACAGCUUCAAUGAACUUGGGGCGUAUGGCAUCGACAGAAGAUACACAAGGAAUUCUCUGCACGAUAUGGCCCAAGACACACCGUACCACGGAAGUUCGUCCUCCCUCAACAGUUCUGAAAACCCCUAUGCCACAAUCAAAGACCCUCCGCUUCUGUCAGCUAAAACCACAGAGUGUGGGUACGUGGAGAUGAAGUCUCCAGCCAGACGAGACUCGCUGUAUGCUGAGAUAAGCAGCAGCAGCCCCACAGAAAACAGAAACCUCUAUGAAGUUGAGCCAACUGUGACCACUGUAUCAAGCAGAGUGCAAUUCAGUCAAGACCCUUACGACAUGCCUCGAAAUAGCCACAUCCCCAGUCAUUAUGACAUUCUCCCCGUGCGGGACAGCUCCACCUCAGAGGAGGACAUUGUGGACAGUGAAUGA